AAUGGUAUCCUUUGAUAGUAGUGGUGUUCAUACUGGGUUCUGACAAAAAUUCGUGUAAAAGGGUGUGUAAAAUGCACAAACGGCAUAACUCGGGGAUACUCGGGUUGGCCUCGGAGAUGCUUCCAAGAAUAAUAAGUGUUAAAAACGUCGGGAUCCUUAGGAAAUAUCACCGAGUGGCUUAGCUGUCGCAUUUAUCCACAGAGAUGUCUGCGCCCUGAGAAACGGACUGACGGACAGACAGACGUCUCUGUCAAGUUUUUGUGAAUCCCGACGAAAUGCUGUUUGUAAAAUUCGGGAACUCUCCGGAGCGUGUUCUCUAGCUAGUGCGCGUUAUUCUUUCGGAUGCGUGAUAGCCUCUGCCAGUACGUGGAGAUGUUUUCGUCGCCGGCGUCUGUGGUGGGCGAGCCGUCAGGCUACGACUUUCAGAAAGAAGAGAACGCCGCCAAGUGGAAGGGAGUGUUUGUCAACUCCCUAAGCAAGGUAUUGGAACAAGUACAUCCUAGUCUUGAAGCACGACAAGAUGCCUUAGACUAUGUUGAGAGUUUGAUCUUAAGGCUUUUGGGAAUGCUUUGCGGUCAUCCUCCUCCGCAUACGCCUCAAGAUGUAGAAGAAAGAGUAAGGCGUACAUUUCCCACUCCCAUUGAUAGAUGGGCACUUAGGGAUGCAAGAGAGGCCUUAGAAAAAGGAAAGAAGAAGUCGCCGCUAGUUCUUCCAGUUGAUAAAAUUCAUCACUUGUUACAAAAAGAAGUAUUACAACAGAAAAUUGAUUUACAAGUUAGUCUUUUUGUGGUAGGAGUCUUGGAGUACAUUUCAGCAGAUAUUUUGAAGCUAGUUGGAAACUAUGUCAAAAAUAUACGUCAUGUAGAGAUAUCUUGUGAAGAUAUAAGAGUUGCAAUGUGUGCAGACAUGGUACUAAUGGACUUGUUUCAUCAAGGUGAUUAUGCAGAAGGUCCACAAAGUGGUUUAGGUGCAGUUGUUUCUCAAACUUAUGAAGAAUCUGUCAGGGAUCUCAUACACGAUGAACGUCACUAUUUACGUGAUCUCCAUAUGAUCAUUAAGGUGUUUCGGGAAGAAAUUGCAAAGUUAACACAGGAUAGAACCGAACUUGAAACACUUUUUAGUAAUAUUAUGGAUAUUUAUGAAGUUACUGUAACAGUGCUUGGUAGUUUAGAGGACAUAAUGGAAAUUACAGAAGAGAAACAAACACCCACAUUUGGUUCGUGUUUUGAAGAUCUGGCAGAAGCAGCGGAAUUAGAUGUUUAUAUAAAGUAUGCAAAAGACAUUAAUAGUCCAGCUAGUCGAGAAGUUUUAGCAAAUCUGUUGUCAAGGCCUGAAGCCAAUGCUGCAUUACGGGCAGCAGGACAUGGAUUUAAAGAAGCAGUUAAAUAUUAUUUGCCAAAACUUUUAUUACAACCAAUAUGGCAUUGUUUUUUGUACUUUGACUAUAUAAAGGUUUUACAUGAACGUACACCAAAUGGUGAAGAUGGUGAAACUUUGUUACAAGCACAAGGGAUUUUAGCACCAUUAAAGAAGGAAUUAUUACAAUCUGUGGCAAGUCUUCCAAAAAAAGAUACAGGUCUGCGAAUGCAAAGUAGAGCAAGAAGGCAAGCAGCCCUUGAGAAAACUAGCGAAUUACAAAAAACUGUUGAUGGAUGGGAUCAAAGGGAUGUUGGGCAAUGUUGCAACGAAUUUAUACGUGAGGAUAUGUUAGGAAAAGUAAGUAACGGACGAAGGUUAACAGAACGGAAGGCUCUUCUAUUCGAUGGUUUGUUAGUUCUUUGUAAACCCAGUGGUGGCAAAAGAGUUAGCGUUACCGUUGCAGCUGUUGGUGUAGUGGGUCAUCCACCUCACCAAGGGGAAUUGCGUUUAAAGGAAAGAUUUUUUAUUAGAAAAGUUGAUAUUAUCGAUAGGGAGGAUACUGAGGAACUAAAAAAUGCCUUUGAAAUUGCACCAAGGGACCACCCUAAUGUUAUUCUUGUUGCCAAAUCUGUCGAAGAUAAAAAUAGUUGGAUGGCGGAUCUUGUAAUGUUAAAUACAAAGAGUAUGUUAGAAAGAACUUUGGACAGUAUCCUUUUGGACGAAGAAAGGAAACAUCCCUUAAGGUUACCUCCACCACAUUUAUAUAAAUUUGCCGAACAGGAUAGCCCCGAAAAUAUUGUUUUGGAAGCCAGAGAAAAUGGAGGUGUUCCAUUAAUUAAGGGCGCUAUUUUGGUUAAAUUGGUAGAGAGAUUAACUUAUCAUAUAUAUGCUGACCCAGCUUUUGUACGAACAUUCCUUACUACUUAUAGGAGUUUUUGCUCACCUCAGGAACUAUUGACUUUGUUAAUUGAAAGGUUUGACAUACCAGACCCUUCGUUAGUUUAUGGCGAAGAAGAAAAACCUUCCGGUUGUAAAACAACCGCUAGGGAAGAUUGGAAAAGAUAUAGAAAAGAAUUUUGUCAACCCGUGCAAUUCAGAGUUUUAAAUGUUCUAAGACACUGGGUUGAUCAUCAUUUUUACGAUUUCGAACGGGAUAGAAAUCUUUUGGAAAGAUUACAAUCGUUUUUAGACACGGUAAGCGGAAAGUCAAUGAGAAAGUGGGUGGAUUCGGUAAUAAAAAUUGUGCAAAGGAAAUGUGAACCUUCGGAACAACGACCGAUAACAUUUAGUUUCGAACGAUCUCCUCCGCCUAUUGAAUGGCAUUUAAAAGUUCCUGAAGAAGAAUGGGGGAUAUUAACAUUACAUCCAAUUGAAUUAGCGAGACAACUAACUCUGUUGGAAUUCGAAUUGUACAGAACUGUUAAACCUUCGGAAUUAGUAGGGUCAGUGUGGACUAAGCGAGAUAAAGAAAAGACAUCUCCGAAUUUACUCAAAAUGAUCAAGCACACGACAAACUUUACACGAUGGAUUGAGAAAAAUAUAGUUGAAGCGGAAAAUUUAGAAGAGAGAGUAGCAAUUGUGUCACGAGCAAUUGAAAUCAUGAUGGUGCUUCAAGAUCUUAAUAACUUUAAUGGCGUAUUAGCAAUUGUUAGCGCUAUGGGUUCUGCGUCUGUGUUUAGAUUAAAGUUCACUUUUCAACAAUUACCUGCACGAUUGGAAAAGGCCCUGGAAGAAGCACGAGAAUUAAAUAACAACGGUCGGUUUCGAAAAUAUCAAGAGAAAUUACGAUCGAUCAAUCCACCUUGUGUACCAUUUUUUGGCAUGUACCUGACCAACAUUCUACAUAUUGAAGAGGGAAAUUCGGAUUAUCUGCCCGGAAGUCCCGAGCUUAUAAAUUUUAGCAAGCGACGGAAAGUGGCCGAGAUAACCGGAGAGAUUCAACAGUACCAAAAUCAACCUUACUGUCUUUCAGUUGAGCCUAGAAUAAGGCAUUUUAUCGAGAACUUGUCACCUUUCGAUCCUAACAUGAAAGAAGCUGAUAUAAGCAAUUAUUUGUACAAUAAAAGCUUAGAAGUAGAACCAAGAGGAUGUAGGCAACCGCCUAGAGUCCCUCGUAAAUGGCCAGACUUAAACUUAAAGUCACCGGGCAUUAAAGCUAGGAGUUUAAGCGGUAAAUUACCAGCUCCGUUACAAGCGGUAGCAUCCAGCGUAAGAUUACACGAUCCUCCACCGGAAGUGCCGCCUCAAGAGCUGCCAGAAACUCCACCGCAUACUUCUCACAUCACAGUUUCUCACGUAGGGGGGGACCACAGUGUAUUUGCACCUGUUUUACUAGGAGGUCCAGUUCAACCUCCAGGUUCACCAGGUCCUCUAAGCAUGUCAGGAUUUUCAAUCAGUUCGCCGGGUAGUAGUCCGCAACUGGUGUCCCCUGGUCACUUGCCUGUCCCUCAUCAUCAACCGCAGAGUAGUCAUUUUGGUUUUAAUUCCGGUACGAUCGGUGUGAUGGGAGCUUUGACCGGUAUAUCGUCUUCGAGUGGAAGUCCUGGUGCUUCGAUGCCACCCCCGCCGUCUCCUAGCCACGUACCUUCUAAUCAACCUCCACCCCCUUUGCCACCCAGAUCUCAUAGGAAACGAGAAAGUUCUAUAAGCGAGUCACCGCAACAGGCGAGACAAGCACCAAACGCACCGAUACUUCCUCCACGGGAUAACACGUUUCCACCGCCAUUACCACCACGAAGAGACUUGCCUCCGGUUACGUUACCGCCUCGCCUUCCUGCUACCUUGAAUCCAAAUUGCUCGGCGCUACUCGCCAGGCGGAAUUCCACGUUGGAAAACACGUGUUCGAGUGCCGUUCACACGCGAAGACACAUGUCUUUCAACGGGCCAAGUCCUACUAAACUUCCACCUACGCAACCUAAUGGAUCGGUAACGCCUAGAUUACCACCAAAACCGUUGCCAGGACGUCCACCGACCACCAUGUUUAAUUUCAAUGCUCCUCCUGGAUCUAGUUAAGUGUUACAUUUUCCUACCUCUAACCUAAAUUAAACCACAUCUUUUGGAAAUCGAGAUUUAGUCCAGUCAGGAGGAUUAACCGAGUCGAAUUAAUUGUACGGUGUGAUUGUUACUGUAAAUUGAUAGAACCGUGUAACUUUCUCAAAGAGGGUUUUAAACGAGCACAAAUUUUAAUUCAAGGCUUAUUAAUAUAUUUACUGUGACUAAUUACCACUUGAAACCAGUAAAUAUAUUAAUACAGAUCAAUCAAGGUGAAAGAUCAUAUCUGAAUACGGCACAUACGUGAUGAGAUGCCGUUACAUUCCUUUUUUUUGAUCAUUUCUCUUUUAACACGUGUGACGCUAUUUUUAUUGAAAGUUUAUUUUUCGAAAAGAUAUAGAACAUUUUAUCGUAUAUAGUAUAUUUUUAGAGAUUUUUUUAAUAAGCAAAUAUACAUAUAAUCACUAAAUGGAAAGUUUUUUAUUAUUUAAUCAACUCGGUUGCUAUUUAUUUUGAAAGACAUCUAAAACGAAAGGACUUGUACAAAUCGCUUGAACGACGAAUGUAUUAAUAUCUAAUGGUUCAGAUCUAUGGAAUAUUUUUAUAAAUUGAACGAUAUCAACGAAGUUUAUCUGAUAAUUUUACAUGUUUGAAACUUGUGCCGUAAAGUAUAUUGUAAAGUAAAAACAGAGAAAAUGAUUUUUCUAACGAUAAAUCUUGCAAACCGUACAUACUAUAGAAUUAGUGGCAAUGUAACGAUACCUUUCGCUGAGAUUCCUUAAAAAUAAAAUCAAUCGACGUAACUUUAGCACAAAAGUAAUAAUAUCAAUUGCAAGAAUCUGCGUUACAAUAGAGAUUAACACAGAUUGUUACAAAUUAUUAUAUUUGUAGGCAAGUUAAGAGAAAAACGAGAAAUUGUUCCGCGUUUGAAAAUUUCACAUAAAACGACGAAUGUUCUUAAUAAUUUAAUCUUUUAACGGGACAUAUUUUUAAUUAAAUGACAAUUAAAUGUUUUAUAUGUAUAUAGUAACCGCUUUCGCAGACUAUUUGGAAUGUAGGAUACAUUUCAUCGCAGCCGUUUACAGGAAAAUAAUCAUGGUUAUUGAAUUUCUUUGAUGUCCAUCAGAUAUGAAAGAGAUCCAACUGAAUGGACUAUCUAUCGAUUUCGGUCUGAACGGUCUCCUUUUCUUUUAAAAAAGAAUCCCUAAUCUAUCCCUCAACACAACUGUGAUACACUUUUAGAUUUUAAAAAGGAAACAGAAGACGCAAGAAAGUGCAGUAUGGAAUGAUUCAUAGGCCAAUAUGCAUAUAAAUCGAAUCAAUAGAAAGAAAAAAAAAAAAA